GUAUAUUUCUAUGAACUGAAAUAUCAUAGGACGCCAUCAAAACCGGGUCCAGACAUGUUUGGUGUCACUCAUGGCGACGAAUUGCAGUUUGUUUUCGGUCUACCAUUUCUUUAUCCCCAGAAAACCGAUACAGAAGUAGACAAACAGUUUAGUCGGGAUGUCAUGAAAAUGUGGACCGAUUUCGCUAAAUAUGGGAAACCAACUGUCGAUUGGCCUAAACUUAUUGACAACAAAGUGAAGGAUUAUGUGCCGAAAGCCAAAGAACUCAAUCCAUACAAACUUUGGAAUAAUUUUAAUAAUUUAUUCAAUACUACUUGCGAUGGCUUUUGGAAACACUAUUAUAAU